AUGUCUUUUGAAUAUAUAAAAUAUAAAUAUUAUGAAAAUAGCUUUAGAAUUUUUUUUAUUUUUAAACAAAGUAUUUUUGAAAAAUAAUCAUAUAUAAUUUGUAAAAAAACACUUUUUACAAAUAAAAGAAAGAACUUUAAGAAGCUUAAAAAGAGAUAGAGUUUAAAAACGAACUUAAAAGAGAAAUACUGUGUAUCUAUAUUUAAUUUCUAUUGCUUUUAUAUUAAGUAAAUGAAAAAAAUUCCUAAUAUAUAUGGUAAGAUUAAGAAAAAAGAUUGUGAGUCAUAACUACUUUAGCUUCAGGUAGUGAUGAUAAUUCAAUCCAUUUAUGGGAUGUUAAAACAGGAUAAUAAAAAGCAAAAUUAAAUGUUCAUAGAAAUAUUGUCUGUUGAGUAUAUUUCUCACCAGAUGGAACUACUUUAGCAUCUGGUAGUGAAGAUAACUCAAUCAGAUUAUGGGAUGUUAAAACAGGAUAAUAAAUAGCUAAAUUAGAUGGUCAUAGUGGAACUGCAAUAUCAGUAUGCUUCUCACCAGAUGGAACUACUUUAGCAUCUGGUAGUGAUGAUAAGUCAAUCAGAUUAUGGGAUGUUAAAACAGGAUAAUAAAAAGCCUAAUUAGAUGGUCAUUAAAAUAAUUAUUUUGCAAAUGGUACCAAUUAUUAAUUGUUUUUAUUAAAUUCUUAUAUUAAUAUUCUAAUAAUAUUUUAAUAAACCAUAUUUUAAACAAAUCGUGCUCUAUUUUAUAAGAAUAUUUUGUAAAUCAAUCAUCAAUAGAUUUAAAAUUAUUAUUUAAAUUUAAAAGAAGUUUUAUUUUUGA